GCUUAAAUGAAAGCUUUUAUCCAAAAAAAUAAAUAAAACAUCAAGUCUUUGGUCUUGACAACACGUGCGGGGGCAUAUCCAGAUCGGUGGAUAUAUAUAUUGCCAUUGUGUCGAGAUCCAGCAAUCAGUUCAGUUCAAAGUGUUCCUGUUGGGAUAAUUUGUAUUUUCAUACAAAGGAAAUCACCUCAAAACAACAUGGCUCAAGUCAUCGAUGGCAAAGGCAUAGCUCAGGAGAUUCGUGGCCAGUUAGCCAAGGAACUGAAGGAGUUCGUGGCAGCCGGCAAUCCAACGCCCCAUCUCACGGCUGUGAUUGUGGGCGAGGAUCCGGCCAGCGAGAAGUACGUGGCUAACAAGAUGCUUGCCUGCCGCGAGGUGGGAAUCUCUAGCGAGACCAAGAGGCUUCCCUCCUCCACUACGCAGGAGGAGCUCCUGGCGCUGAUUGAUCAACUGAACAAGGACAAUCGCGUGAACGGAGUGCUGGUGCAACUGCCGGUGCCGGAGCACAUCAAUGAGCGCACCAUCUGCAACGCUGUUCACGUUGACAAAGACGUGGAUGGCUUCAACGAGCUCAACAUAGGGCGUCUGGCUCUGGACAUGGAGGGAAUCAUCCCAGCCACACCCCUAGGUGUUAAGAGAUUGCUGGAGUACUCUAAUAUCGAGACCUUGGGACGGAAUGCUGUCGUUGUUGGUCGUUCUAAGAACGUCAGCCUGCCGAUGGCCAUUCUCCUCCAUUCGGAUGGGAAAUACGCCACCAAAGCUCUCGAUGCCACAGUGACCAUUUGCCACAGAUACACGCCUCCAAAGGAACUGGCUCGUCACUGUCGCCAGGCGGACAUUGUUGUGGUUGCUGUGGGCAAGCCAGGACUUAUCACCAAGGACAUGAUUAAGCCUGGAGCCUGUGUCAUUGAUGUGGGUAUUAAUCGCAUUAAGGACGAGAAGACUGGAAAGUUCAAGCUGGUUGGUGAUGUGGACUUCGAAGAAGUUCGUCAAGUUGCCGGUCACAUUACUCCAGUUCCUGGCGGUGUUGGUCCCAUGACAGUGGCCAUGCUGAUGCAGAACACCAUUCUGGCGGCGAAGAAGCAGCACUAUCCCAGCCAGUCCUAAUGAAGCUUCCGAAACCUUUGGCGAUCAUCUCCUGGGUUCACGCUUCGCUGGGCGAAACAUAGUAUUUUUUAUUUAAUCCACUAACCUAUAGUAGAGUUUAGAAUUACUGACCAACCGCUAAUAUGACGAUUGUACCACAAACAGAAACUGAUUUCACAAUAUAAACAAUUUUUAUCAUA